CAUCCAUCCACACUGCGCGCGCAUCUUCAAAUAAGGUCCACGAGCCCAUCAAAACACAGCCUAUGCGAGCUCAGCAGGCGCGAGCCAGUAUAACAAGUCUGAGGCAGAUGGCUUGGAGUCCUUCACUUCAUCAUUUAAAGUCAGAAUAGAAUAUUACAGGUCAGUUGAAUACUGUCUAAAGUGGGAAGGACCCAUGCAUCUCAGGCACUCCUCCAAAUUAGCAAAGGGCUCCAACAAGAGCCCCAGAAAAAAAAACAGCCCAGAUGAAGAUGGUAUCAAGCACAAGGUGGUGGAGAAGAAACCAAGGACAGGAAUGAGGAGGACUAAAUCUAGCAACGGUGUAGUUCAUGCAAAAGAAAGACACCUCAUCAGCAGCCCACAUGAAACUGAUGGUGUGGUCGAGGAAGAGAUCCUUGAUCAGGGACUGGAUGAGUGGGAUGAUGACUGUGCUUCUGUCUCUAGCAGCAUAAGUUCUGGUCCCUCCCUCUAUUAUCCUGCUAGGCUCUCACAGGACCUGUGCUCUGCAUGUCAGAAGCUCUAUCAGAAGGCAAGGAGAAUGAAAGCUCCACUUAAAAACAAACUCUUGGAUAAUGAUCCCAAAUCAUUGACAUGUGACCAGUGGGUCCUGAUCAAAAACAGAAGGCUGGCAAGGAUGUCUGAUGCAGGCGGGAAGCUUUUGAUCUCCCUCCAGCGGGUCAAAAAAAGACUUCGAGGCAAAAAAGUGAAGCAACAUGAGCAGCCACCAGCCUGCUCAAGACCACAUAUUUACCUGGAAAGGAACCUGAGGCGACGUGUGCCCUUGAAAAAGGAGAGGAAGACAAACAAAAGGAGGAAGAGGACAAGAGAUGAUUCUCAAGGUUCCCGUGUUGCUAAGCAGCAGCGUCUCCAAAGCAACGUCCGCGGCCAACACAUCAGCUCAGUCAAUGACAGUUGUUAUUCAGCCAGCACACAAAACGACAUGAAUGAGUUGGAGGACUACAGUGAUCAAGAUACCAGCUCAGCAGGACCCUCCUCUGUCAUCAACCCCACCACCACAGAGCUCCCAUCAAAGCAGACAAAGUCACAAACAUUUCAGAGGGGAUUCAGAGAGUUGCUUCUCCAACUGCGUGGCAACAGCAGCAAUAUAGUCAGAGAACCACAUUAGAGAAAAGACUAGCUUCUUUUUUUGUUCUAGCUCUAGGAGUAAGUAUUGAGUUCUCAUUAUAUUUACUCAACAAGAAUUUAAGUGUUUUCACAUUAUUGUGCUGUUAUGAAAUGAAGUUAUUCAGGGUUUGGGUGUUGUUGUUUUGUUUUAUUCUUCUUAAUUAAAGGCACUUUUAAGCAUA